UCUGUUUCAUGUAUGUUCAAUUCAUUUCCUUUUUCUACCCAUUUUCUUAUAUAGUAUAUAUAUGGCCUUUUUCCAUUGUUGGAUCAGUUUUAUGAAGUCAACUACAAACUUUCUUUCUAUUUCUUUUCUGGGUUUUUAUGUUGAUUUCAUAUUAGUUAAGUCUGUAGUUCCUGAGUAGUUAUGCUAAUUUAGCCAAUAUGUAUUGAUGUUCAAAGAUCUAUUUAAGAAAUCAUCACCUCUGUUAUUACAUUAUGUGCAUAUGUAUAUAUGUAACUGUUCUGUUGUCUUGGAACUUAAAACAUCAAAGUUUGUGGAUAGUAAUGUUUUUUUGCAAAUUUGUCAGAAAUAUAUGUCAUUCUUGUUUGGAUCUGAAUUGGGAAUAGAUAGAUAGGACAUAUAUGUAGAGUGGAGGUCUGAUUUUUGUAAAUUGAACAUCUGUUGCAGAUAAUUUAUUUGAAUUAUUAAGUUAUUUGUUAAUUGAGGUCGUGUAAAAUGCCUGGAGUUGUUGUGGAGGGAACUCUUGAAGAUGGGUUUGUGAAUGAAAAUGGAAAUUCUACACCAUGUAAAGAGAAUUCAGUUCAAAAUAAACCCCCUAAUUGUACUCUGAGUCUGCAGAGUCCUCAGAAUGCUGCUGUUGUAGAAGCCCCUUUCAAUGGAGUUGUUGACACUUCAAUUGAGCAGCUUUAUGAUAAUGUAUGUGAGAUGCAGAGUUCUGAUCAGUCACCUUCUAGGGCUAGCUUUGGAUCUGAUGGUGAUGAGUCAAGGAUUGAUUCAGAGUUACGCCAUCUUGUCGGUGGAGAGAUGAGAGAAGUGGAGAUUAUGGAAGAGGAAGUAGUAGAGGUGGAAAAAAGUAGAGAUCAUGAAAGUCAUAGUGAUUCGGGUUUUAAGAAGGAAAGCUCGUCCGUGGAUAAGAAAUUGGGGAAAUUGGAUAAUAACCAAUCAAAGAAAGCUCCUCAAUUGCAUUCGGAAUCAGAAUCAUCGUUGAAAUCAAACCCAAAGAGCAAAAGCCCUCAGGAGAAGCCUCCUAUUGAAAAGCGGAACGAUAAGGUUUCAAGAAAAUCAAGAAAACCGUUGGGAGGGAUGAAGUUGCAGAAUGGGACCGAGGACUCAUCCGAGUCCGGGUUAGAAAAUCCGGAUCUUGGACCAUUUUUGCUUAAGCAAGCGAGGGAUUUGAUUUCUUCUGGGGAUAAUAAUCCCCAGAAAGCUCUCGAAUUAGCUUUUCGAGCAGCAAAAUCGUUUGAGAAAUGUGCGAAUGGAAAACCCAGUUUAGACUUGGUCAUGUGCUUACAUGUUACUGCAGCAAUCUACUGUAAUCUAGGCCAGUAUAGCGAAGCAAUUCCAGUUCUUGAGCAUUCAAUCGCAAUUCCAGUGAUUGAGGAUGGCCAAGAUCAUUCACUAGCUAAAUUUGCGGGUCAUAUGCAACUGGGUGAUACAUAUGCAAUGCUGGGGCAGCUUGAGAACUCUAUCGCGUGUUACACAACAGGUUUGGAAGUUCAGAAACAAGUUUUGGGAGAUACAGAUCCAAGAGUUGGUGAGACUUGUAGGUAUUUAGCUGAAGCUCAUGUCCAAGCAUUGCAAUUCGAUGAGGCAGAGAAGUAUUGUCGAAUGGCUCUCGACAUUCACAAAGAGAACGGUUCACCCGCUUCGCUCGAAGAGGCAGCAGAUAGGAGGCUCAUGGGGCUUAUAUGUGAAACUAAGGGCAAUCACGAGGCUGCUCUUGAGCACCUUGUUUUGGCCAGCAUGGCUAUGGUGGCAAAUGGGCAGGAAACGGAGGUGGCGUCUGUGGAUUGCAGCAUCGGAGACACUUACUUAUCGCUGACUCGCUAUGAUGAGGCGGUUUUCGCAUAUCAGAAGGCGUUGACAGUUUUCAAGUCCUCCAAAGGCGAAAAUCACCCAUCAGUUGCUUCAGUUUUUGUGCGCUUGGCUGAUUUGUAUAACAAAACGGGCAAAUUGAGGGAAUCAAAAUCAUAUUGUGAGAAUGCCCUUCGUAUUUAUACAAAGCCCAUUCAUGGGAUUCCUCCAGAAGAGAUUGCCAGUGGUCUCACGGAUGUUUCUGCUAUUUAUGAAUCAAUGAAUGAGCUCGAACAGGCGCUGAAGUUGUUACAGAAGGCGUUAAAGAUAUAUAAUGAUGCCCCGGGGCAGCAAAGCACGAUUGCAGGAAUUGAAGCCCAGAUGGGAGUCAUGUACUAUAUGUUGGGAAACUACUCUGAGUCUUACAACUCGUUUAAGAACGCGAUUCUGAAGCUUCGGGCAAGUGGGGAGAAGAAAUCUGCCUUCUUUGGGAUCGCUCUUAACCAGAUGGGGCUUGCUUGUGUGCAGCGUUAUGCUAUAAAUGAGGCUGCGGAAUUGUUUGAAGAGGCGAGGAGUGUUUUAGAACAUGAGUAUGGACCUUAUCAUCCCGACACGCUUGGGGUAUAUAGCAAUCUUGCCGGCACAUAUGAUGCUGUUGGCAGGUUGGAUGAUGCAAUUGAAAUAUUGGAACGUGUCGUUGGGAUGAGGGAGGAAAAGCUUGGGACAGCAAAUCCUGAUGUGGAAGAUGAAAAGAAGCGGUUGGGUGAGUUACUAAAAGAAGCAGGAAGGGUCCGGAGUAGAAAAUCCAGAUCAUUAGAGAACCUCCUUGAUGCCAACCAUAAUCUUACUAUAAACAAAGAUGGCAUUAAGGUAUGAUGAUAAUAAGGAUGUUUUUAUUAUUGGGAAUUGUGUAUAUAAGAGAGAAUUUUUAAGCAAGAAAAGGAAAUAAGAAAGAUGAGGAAGUAUAGGUGGUUGGUGUGUUGAUUAGAUUCUUGUUUUGGGAUCAAAUUAAAUAACCGAGUGGGGGUUAUGCUUAUGCUUGUAAUAUUUGAUUUAUAUGAUCAUUAUACUUGUCAAAGGUGGUUCUAUUUUGUAUUGCAUUGUUUAAAAUAUUUUGUAAAAAAUUUCUUGGUGUUUAUUUGUAUAUUUAUGUUCAAUGAUUGAUGGAAUUUCAAUGUUC